AUUCUGUAGGCUGUCUCUUCACACUACUGAUUGAUUCUUUUGCUGCAUAGAUGCUUUUUAGUCUGAUAUAAUCCCAUUCUUGUUGAUUCUUGCUGGUAUUUCUUGUGUGAUUAAAAAACCCCUCCUCUUGUGAGACCAGCAAUGUAGGUUCCCUCUCUUUCCAGGUCACCAGUGAGGGGACUGAAUUUGGUCUUAUUAUGCCAAAAAGCAGAGCGGAAAGCUUAAGACAAGCCAGCUCUGACCCCGCUGUCCCCAGUGGGGAGUAGGAAUGGGUCCCCCAGGAUGGGUCUGUGCCCGGCUCUGUCCCCCCAGGGGUCUCCAGGGUUGAGGAAGGUGUGGCUGCUCCGGAGGGCGAGGCCGGCCUGACCUGGGAAGGAGUGGUCAUGGCCACAGAGUUUGUCGCCUGGCUUUGCAGGCUUGGCCGCAUUGUUCCUCCCGGAGCAGAGGCGUUGGCCCUAACCUGCUCCUCAGCCCCGGGAACAUGGGGCCCUGUCACUCUGGGCCUGGCAGGUCCCAUUAAUCAGCUCCUUGUCACGUUUGAUCCUCCAGAGCUGCUGCUUUGGGCUGAAUCACACCUUUUCUGAGGGAGGGCGCGGAGCCAUCUGCUCAGGGCAGGAGGCUGGGCAGGGCCGGGUCAGCCAAGGCCUGGCCUCUGCCUUGUUCGGGCACUGCGGUUGCCCUGGCUCUCUCCCCCCACUGGCACCCACCCACUGGGUGGACACAGGCCUGCCUCCCUGCCCAGAACACUAAGCGCUCCAAAGCCCUGAUGUGGAUCUCGUUCCUGGCCUUGCUGAAUCAGCAAAGGGGGCUCCAGGGCAGCCUCGGGAGGACGCCUCACCAUCUCUGCCCAGACCAGAGCCUCGAAGACCCUGGGCCCGAAUGGGAACCGGGAGCCCAGGCCUCGGUGCUCCUUGCUCAGCCCUGGAAAGUGCUCUUCUGCCCUUCUUUUCCGCCUGCAUGGUGGCCUCCUGUGGCAAUGUCACUACGCAGUCCCUGAGCGUCCCAGCCAUAUCCCAGGGUCCCCAGUGGAGACCCUGGCCCAGGUCUUGGGCCACAUCUUCCUGUGCGGCCUCUGAGUCGGAGCUCACAGGUGUCAUGGGAGGGCCCUGCUCAGGCCCUGGAGGCCUUCCAUCCCCGUGGCUGUGUUUCUCCAGCAGUGAGCAUCGCAGAGUAUUAAACCAAGGCCAGAUAGGCCUGGGCCUCUCAGCUCCAGCACCACUGACUCUGGGCCUGAAACCCUGUGUUGUGGGUCUGCCCUGUGUAGGGUCCCUACCCUCUGUGUACCUGGAGCCUCCCCCGGUGGUCACAGUAAAAGUGUCUCCAGACACUGUCACGUGUGGCCCUGCCUGGGAGCUCUGCAGGGGUCUGGGGGCAGAGGCUGGAAGGGCGUUAGGCCCCAGGUACAGGGUGGGUGAUGGGGCAGGCACUGCACGCGGAGCUCGGCACAUGUGGAAGUGCAGGUUACACACGGCCCGCACAGGCAGACUGCGUCAGGCCGGGUCCGUGUGAUUUACACAUUUUACUGCACGAAAAACACACUUAAAAUGAGGCUUCACAUUAAGAGGAACUGAUCUGGGGCUCGGUUCUGAGCCCUCCCGUACAGUGUGGGGUGAGAGAGGACUUACCUCACGGGGCUGCCGAGCAGAUGAGAUGGUGGGUGAAGGUAAGGGUUCUCAGACCUCACAGGGUCACCUCCCCUUCCCGUGCCUCAGUUUCCCCUGCUCUGUUUCAGUCCCCAGGGUCCCCAUCACUGUGAAUUUUUCUGAUUGUCUCGGGGCUGUUUCUUUCUCAGCCUGAACAUGUUCAAGGCAGUUGAUUCUCUAAGAUCAACAUUUGUCAUCCGAGCGUGACAGAAACCAGGUGCUAGGAGGGCCCCAGGACAUUCCAGCCAAGACUGAGAGCUAGAAAGAAGGGUGGCCUGGGUUGCCCUGACCUUCCCAGACACCCUGCCUGCAGACCCCUGUGCUCCGUUCCGUCUCCACACUCACCUGGGGUGGGGUUGGGGCCUGCAGAGAGCGUCUGCGAGAGGGGAGAAUUCAACUGUCAAAGGGCAGACUCAGGCAGAGCGCUGCGCCCACUGAAUCAUCCCUUUUGUUAAGGAUUAAAAAAAAGCCACCCCAAAAGACACAACCCACCCCAGAGAUCCGAGGUAACUGGCCUCGUGGGAAACGGAGUGUCCCUGGCACCGAGUCAGAAGGUGGAGAGGGGAGGAGAGAUGUCCCACCCUGAGCAGGCUGCAUAAAAGGUGUCCAGGCCGGGGAAGAGCCACUGUCCUCGGCCUGGCCACGCUCAGCUCAGCUCCUGUCUGCUGCUGCUCUCCAUCUCGCUCCCAACAUGAGCUGUCGCCUGCAGAGCUCCUCUGCCAGCUACGGAGGUGGCUUCGGGUCUGGCUCCUGCCAGCUGGGAGGAGGGCGCAGCUUCUCCACCUGUUCCUCCCGCUUCGCUUCCGGAGGAUCUGCUGGAGGCUAUGGGGGAGGCAUGAGCUGCGGCUUUGGCGGAGGGGCUGGUAGCAGCUUUGGAGGCGGCUUUGGUGGUUGCUUCGGUGAUUUUGGCGGGGGCGAUGGCGGCCUCCUCUCUGGGAACGAGAAGGUGACCAUGCAGAACCUCAACGACCGCCUGGCCUCCUACCUGGACAAGGUGCGUGCGCUGGAGGCGGCCAACGCCGACCUGGAGGUGAAGAUCCGAGACUGGUACCAGAGGCAGAGCCCGGCCAGCCCGGAGCGGGACUACAGCCGCUACUACACCACCAUUGGCGAGCUCCAGGUCAAGAUCCUGGCAGCCACCACUGACAACAACCGGAUCGUCCUGGAGAUCGACAAUGCCAGGCUGGCUGCAGAUGACUUCAGGCUCAAGUAUGAGAAUGAGCUGUCCCUGCGGCAGAGCGUGGAGGCCGACAUCAACGGGCUGCGCAGGGUGCUGGACGAGCUGACCCUGUCCAAGACAGACCUGGAGAUGCAGAUUGAGAGCCUGAACGAGGAGCUGGCCUACCUGAAGAAGAACCACGAGGAGGAGAUGAAGGAGUUCAGCAAGCAGGUGGUGGGCCAGGUCAACGUGGAGAUGGACGCUACCCCUGGCGUCGACCUGACCCGCGUACUGGCCGAGAUGAGGGAGCAGUACGAGGUCAUGGCGGAGAAGAACCGCAGGGACGCCGAGGCCUGGUUCCAGAGCAAGAGUGCAGAGCUGAACAAGGAGGUGGCCUCCAACACGGAGAUGAUCCAGAGCAGCAAGACGGAGAUCACAGAGCUGCGGCGCACGCUGCAGGGCCUGGAGAUUGAGCUGCAGUCGCAGCUGAGCAUGAAAGCCGGGCUGGAGAGCUCGCUGGCAGAGACCGAGUGCCGCUACGCCCUGCAGCUGCAGCAGAUCCAGGGGCUCAUCAGCAGCAUUGAGGAGCAGCUGGCCCAGCUGCGCAGUGAGAUGGAGUCCCAGAACCAGGAGUACAAGAUGCUGCUGGACAUCAAGACGCGGCUGGAGCAGGAGAUCGCCACCUACCGCAGCCUGCUGGAGGGCCAGGACGCCAGGUUGACUGUCUCGGCCUCCCCUACAGGAAGCGUCAGCUACAGCAGCACCUCCGCCUCUAGCUCCUCGGUUUCCACCUCGGUCUCCGGUUCCGUCUCCGGUUCCGCCUCCGGUUCCGUCUCCGUCUCCGGCUCCGCCUCCCCUCGGCGCGUGUCUGAGGUCCGCCGGUUCUAACUGCCUGGCAGUCGCUGUCUGUGACCGGGGACGGAGAGGCGUCUGGUCUCUGCUCCCCUGCAGCGGCCCGGCCCCCAGCGGCCCGGGUACCCCCUGAGGACCGACACCCCGCCCCUCCCCCGCUGGCCCUCCGCUGCGCCCCGGAGAUUCCCCUGCUCCUCUUCCGAAAGGAAUAGAUAAUCAAUCCAAUAAAGCUUCCCGCCUGCUUGCAAGUGAAUUUCGGACUCGGGCUUGCUUUUGGA